CUUCCCCUCCCUUCCCUGAUAAACUACUGUAUGUGAAGGUGAGGAUGCAGGACAUUGCUUACCCAGGCAACAUUGUGGGAGGGUUCUGCCAACCUGGACUAUCAGGAUAAAAGGAUGGCCAGCCACGCCCUGCCUAUUGACUCCUGGUUAUUUUAAGAGAUCCCGGACCCGAGAUUGAUUUUUCGACUAAUUUCACGGUAUUUCCAAGGAAGAGGUUCCUCUAAAGACCGGCAAGGUGACCCAUGGCAACGCGCAGGCCAGAUGGGUCCAGCUUCAACAUGACCCGCCUGUCCCUGGCUCUGGCUUUUUCCUUUCCCCCAGUUGCCAGUGAGCAACCCCACUCUGAGCUGGGCAACACCCAGCAACAGACAGAGUUAGGAAAGGAGAGUAAUACCACCGGCACCAUGCCCUACCCAUACCCAGCACUGACCCCGGAGCAGAAGAAGGAGCUGGCUGACAUCGCUCACCGAAUUGUGGCUCCGGGCAAGGGCAUCCUGGCUGCAGACGAGUCCACUGGAAGCAUUGCCAAGCGCCUGCAGUCCAUUGGCACCGAAAACACAGAGGAGAACAGGCGCUUCUACCGCCAGCUGCUGCUGACUGCUGAUGACCGUGUGAAUCCCUGCAUUGGGGGGGUGAUCCUCUUCCACGAGACACUGUACCAGAAGGCAGAUGAUGGACGUCCCUUCCCCCAAGUCAUCAAGUCCAAGGGUGGUGUUGUGGGCAUUAAGGUAGAUAAGGGUGUGGUGCCCCUGGCAGGAACCAAUGGCGAGACUACUACUCAAGGGCUGGAUGGGCUGUCUGAACGCUGUGCCCAGUAUAAGAAGGAUGGAGCCGACUUCGCCAAGUGGCGCUGUGUGCUAAAGAUUGGGGAACAUACUCCCUCCGCCCUUGCCAUCAUGGAAAAUGCCAAUGUUCUGGCCCGUUAUGCCAGCAUCUGCCAGCAGAAUGGCAUUGUACCCAUUGUGGAGCCUGAGAUUCUUCCUGAUGGAGACCAUGACUUGAAGCGCUGCCAGUAUGUAACUGAGAAGGUACUGGCGGCUGUCUACAAGGCUCUGAGUGACCACCAUGUCUAUCUGGAAGGCACAUUGCUGAAGCCCAACAUGGUCACCCCUGGCCAUGCUUGCACCCAGAAAUUUUCCAAUGAGGAGAUUGCCAUGGCAACGGUCACAGCACUUCGUCGCACAGUGCCCCCUGCUGUCCCUGGGGUCACUUUCCUGUCUGGAGGGCAGAGUGAGGAAGAGGCAUCCAUCAACCUCAACGCUAUCAACAAGUGUCCUCUGCUGAAGCCAUGGGCCCUGACUUUCUCCUAUGGCCGAGCUCUGCAGGCCUCUGCUCUAAAGGCCUGGGGUGGGAAGAAGGAGAACCUGAAGGCAGCCCAGGAGGAGUACAUCAAGCGAGCCCUGGCCAACAGCCUCGCUUGUCAAGGAAAGUAUACCCCAAGUGGCCAGUCUGGAGCUGCAGCCAGUGAAUCUCUGUUCAUCUCUAACCAUGCCUACUAACCAGAGCUGACCUAAGGCUGCUCCAUCAACACUCCAGGCCCCUGCCCCCCCCACUUGCUAUUGAAGAGGGGUCUUCAGGCUCUUUCCCAUCACUCUUGCUGCCCUCGUGUGUGCGGUGUUGUCUGUGAAUGCUAAAUCUGCCAUCCCUUCCAGCCCACUGCCAAUAAACAACUAUUUAAGGGGGA